GGGGGGGGGGGAAGCUGGAAAUCGCAUUCCAGGAUAUAAUAAUAUAAUACCACAGAAGCCCCAUCUCAAAGCCCUCUGCCGUAUAAAAGAGAUCCGUAGGUGGUUAAGGGAAUAAAGUGUCGGUCACGAUUGUCUAAGGAAUUAUAAUGCAAGAUGGUGACAAGGGACGUUUUUCUUGGCGUCAAAGUCUCUUUUUGAAAUGCUAGUUGUGAGACGCAGCCAUACUUGUAAGCGGCUACACGCUCAUCUGUUGUCUGAGCUGUAAAUCAACAGGUUAAAAAAAAAAUAAGAGAAAUAGGAAACCAAGUGCUGGGAAUGUACCUACAUAUCUUCAUGUUCCUCCUACUCUGGACUCGAGCUCUGACCUUGAAGAAUCUGAAAUACACGAUCCUGGAAGAGCAAGGACCGGGCACUGUGAUCGGGAACAUCGCGAAAGAUGCUCGUCUGGGCACGAGUUCAGAUCAAAGGAAACCUAACUUUCGGGUGUUGGAGAAUUCAGCCCCUCAUUUGUUGGACGUGGAUCCUGAAAGUGGGUUACUGUACACCAAGCAGCGCAUCGACCGGGAGACGGUGUGCAAACGGAUUCCCAAGUGUGUGGUCUCGCUGGAAGUCUUUGCCAACGACAAGGAGCUGUGUAUGAUUAAAGUGGAGAUCCUGGACAUCAACGAUAAUGCGCCAAGUUUUUCCUCCGAGCAGAUCGAUAUCGAGAUCUCGGAGAACGCGGCUCCGGGGACGCGCAUCCCUCUGACCAGCGCUUACGAUCCCGACACCGGCGAAUUCGGUCUGAAAACCUACACGAUCAGCACCCCCAACCACCUGUUCGGGCUCGACGUGAAAUCCCGGGGGGACGGCACCAAAUUCCCGGAGCUGAUCAUCCAGAGACCGCUGGACCGGGAAGAUCAGCCCCGACACGUCCUGGUGGUGACGGCUCUGGACGGAGGUGAACCUCCCAAAUCGGGGACCAUGCAGAUCAGUGUCAAGGUGGUGGACUCCAAUGACAACAGCCCCUCGUUCGAAGAGCCCACCUUCACGGUGGAGGUCGUGGAAAACACCCCCGCGGGCACCUUCCUGAUCGACGUGAACGCCACCGAUCCGGACGAAGGCACCAACGGGGAGGUGAUCUAUUCCUUCAGCCCUUACGUGACCGACCGGAUCCGGGAGCUGUUCUCCAUCGACCGGAGGACGGGGGUCAUCACACUCCAGGACAACAUCGACUACGAGGAGAGCAGCAUUUACGACAUCGACGUGCAAGCCCGGGACCUGGGUCCCAACUCCAUCCCCGCCCACUGCAAAGUGUCGGUCAGGGUGAUGGACGCCAACGACAACUCGCCGGCCAUCAGUUUCGUGUCGGUGCACCAGGGCGCGGUGAGCGAGACGGCCCCCGCCGGCACGGUCAUCGCCCUGGUCAAAGUCACCGACCGGGACUUCGGCAGGAACGGGCAGCUGCAGUGCCGGGUGGUGGGCAACGUGCCCUUCAAGCUCGAGGAGAACUACGACAAUUUCUUCACGGUGGUGACCGACAGACCGCUGGACCGCGAGGCGACGGACGAGUACAACCUGACCAUCGUGGCCAGGGACAACGGCUCCCCGCCGCUCAACGCCACCAGGUCCUUCACGGUGAAGGUGGCCGACGAGAACGACAACCCGCCCCGCUUCACCAAACCCGUGUACGUGCUGCAGGUGCCCGAGAACAACAUCCCCGGGGAGUACCUGGGCUCGGUGUUGGCUCACGACCCCGACCUGGGGCAGAACGGCAGCGUGUCCUACUCCAUCCUGCCCUCGCACGUGGGCGACGUGUCCAUCUACACGUACGUGUCGGUCAACCCGGCCAACGGGGCCAUCUACGCGCUGAGAUCCUUCAACUACGAGCAAACCAAGUCCUUCGAGUUCAAGGUGUUGGCCAAAGACGCGGGGUCGCCUCACCUGGAGAGCAACUCCACCGUCAGGGUCACGGUGCUGGACGUCAACGAUAACGCGCCGGUCAUCGUCCUCCCGCUCCUGCUCAACGACACGGCCGAGAUCCACGUCCCCCGCAACGCCGGGGUGGGCUACACCGUGGCCACCGUCAGGGCUGUGGACAACGACUACGGGGAGAGCGGGCGCCUGUCGUACGAGAUCGCGGAGGGCAACGACCAGCACCUGUUCGAGAUGGACCCGGUGACCGGGGAGGUCAGGACCACCCACCCCUUCUGGGAGGAGAUGUCGCCCACCUCGGAGCUGGUGGUCAAAGUGUCCGACCACGGGAAGCCUUCGCUCUCCGCCGUGGCCAGGCUGGUCAUCAUCACCUACACGGGAGCCGCCCCCAAGGACCAGCACCGGGUCAACAAGGAGCACCACCACCACUGGGACAUGUCCCUGCCCUUGAUCGUCACCCUCAGCUCCAUCUCGGCCAUCCUCCUGACGGCCAUGGUCACCAUCGCCGUCAAGUGCAAGCGGGAGAACAAGGAGAUCAGGACCUACAACUGCAGGAUCGCCGAGUACUCGCACCCCCACCUGGGCAAGAGCAGCAAGAAGAAGAAGAUCAGCAAGAACGACAUCAUGCUGGUGCAGAGCGAGGUGGAGGAGAGGGAUGUGAUGAACGUGGUGAGCAGCCCCUCCCUGGCAUCUUCCCCGGUUUAUUUCGAUUACCAGACUCGCCUGCCGCUCAGCUCCCCCCGCUCAGAGGUUAUGUACUUGAAACCCACCUCCAACAACCUCACCGUCCCCCAGGGCCAUGCGGUCUGUCACACUUUCUCUGGGCAGGGGGCAAACCCCACCGAGGCUCCGGCCACCAGAAUGUCGCUAAUUCAGACAGACAAUUUUCCCGCAGAGCCCAAUUACAUGGGCAGCAGGCAGCAGUUUGUUCAAAGUAAUUCCACAUUCAAAGAUCCAGAGAGGGUGAGUUUGAGGGACAGUGGACAUGGAGAUAGUGACCAGGCUGACAGCGAUCAAGACACUAAUAAAGGCUCCUGCUGUGACAUGUCUGCCAAGGAGGCACUCAAGAUAAAAUCUACGACAACCAAACCCCAAGUACCCGAACAAGGAGCCAACUUAAAUCCUGCACAAGGGGAGGCCUGGGAUCAGGUUGGUCUUAGGAGGCACAUGGCCUGGAGAGACCAGAAGGAGAGAAAAAUGGGAAAAUUAGAGGGUAACCUGCCACUCCAAGGGUUAUCCCUGAUACGUGAAAAGCCAGAGAAGGAGGAUUGCGUCAAUUGCACAGAUGAGUGCCGAGUCUUAGGUCAUUCAGACAAAUGCUGGAUGCCUCAAUUCCCUGUUUCCACCCAGGCUGAAUGUUCGGACUAUCGCAGGAAUCUUUUUGUACCAGUAGUAGAUGCCACAGUUGAAUCUGAAACUCAUGAGAACACAACCCCCAUUGGGAAAAAAACUUUCUGUACUUUUGGAAAGGACAAACGAGAGCACACCAUUCUCAUUGCGAAUGUAAAACCCUAUUUAAAAGCGAAACGUGCUCUAAGUCCUCUUUUGCAAGAGGUCUCUUCAGGUGCGAGUAGCCCCGACAAGGUAUCUGUGGCAAGUAGUAACAGCUCAACAAAAAGAGCAAUUGAUGGGCUUGAGAUGAAGCAAAGAAUGGCCAAAACAUCAGCAGAAACAACCAACCAGUAUUUAACAUCUGACGCCCACUACCCAUCAUCUGAUAAACAGCGUGACAGUCACUUCAUUUCUCCUGAAGCAGUGGCUACCGUCUUUGCUGAUGUUCACUCCAGAGGUGGCCGGGAUUUGAAUGAGGUGGACACAGUCCUGGACCACUUUGAUCCCUCUAACCGAGACCUAGGACGGGAGGCAGUGGAUGCCGAACAGGUGGUUCGAGAAAUUGAUAAGCUUUUACAAGAUUGUCGAGGAAGUGACCCUUCAACUGUGAGGAAGUGAUACUGCACUUGUAGUGACAGUUAACUACCUUUCUUCUAAAGGAAGAUAUACUUAAAUGUUUUGUGGCAGCAUUUUUUUCAGAUGAUGAAAGACCAGUAGCACAGUACAAGGAAAGAAGAUGCUGGUUAAUGUCUCUAAGCUAGAAUUCAAAGUGCCCACGCGUGCACUUUUCAUCAUUCUUUGUGUCCCACAAAACAAACCACUGGCACAUUCACUGGAAUUAUAUGAAAAGCUGAUACGUUUCACUCAUGGUUUGAGUUUCGACAAUCUGAUAGAUGCCCUUCCCCAGGUUAAAGAAUGGAAAGUCUAGGUUUGGCAAGUUAACCAGUCCGAUCAAUGCUACAUUGAAUGAUAUCAUUGUGAACAGAGUAUUUAACACAUAUCAGCAAAGGGCAGUGAUGUUAGAACAAAAACCAGGUAUCGGCUUUCCAGAAAACAUAGCAAGCCUUUAAUUCAGAAUAUAGUGUUAUUAUCAACUGAAAUAGAUGUCUUUAUGAAUUAGAUUUAUCUACAGUGAACAGUGCACCCAUUGGUUGUCCAUAUCACAAAAUAUUUAAUUAUGGAUACGUACAGAAGGGUUAUUCUCUAAAAUGUACUACCAAAGAGUGACAUUUUAGUGUCCACGUGUUUAAUUCCUCUUCAGCAUUUAAAGUAUCAAAGCAUCAUCACCAUAGUAUUGUCAAAUGAUGAGAAAUCUGUUGUGUCCCAGAUUAAGAAAUAUUGUUUGAUAUUUGUAGCUGUUUGUUGGAUUAAAGAUGGACACUAAAAUGGCUCAUUAGGGGGAAAGCCCAUGAAGUACUAGAAAACAAAACAUGUUGAUGUGCAAAUGUAAGAAUCAUAAAGUGUUUACACUGAAUCUAGCUUUUUAAUUGAUUUAUUGCAAUAUCAGUGCAUAUGAGCCAAACUUGUUAAUUGUACUAAAAGCUAUAUUGUGUAUUUUAUUAAAUUAAUAUAUAGUUGUGUUGCAAAAUAUUUGGGCUUAUAUUGUAUUUGGCAAAUGUUGCCUUAGUAGCUGUCGAACUCUAUGAGUUUAAUUUCACUAUUUCCCCCCAUUUUUCCCGUUGGAAUGUGGGAAGCAGUGUACACAAGCAGAUUUUGUUUAACAAGCUGAUAAUGUAUGCUUUAAAGUAACCCUUCAAGUAUAUUCAACCAUCGAAGUAUGGUGGCUCAAUUAGAAAUGUGUAUUUGUCAGUAAUAUCUUGAAAGUGUCUCCAUAUUUUGAAAUGUUUCUAUAUUGCUGAGUUUUUAUGUGUGCACUGCAAUUUUGAUGAUAUGAGUGAUGUCAGGUUAACCCAUCUUGAUAGCCAAAAUGAAACGUAACCCUUGUUUAAUAAUUAUCCACGUAGGUAAUGGGGGGAGGUGGACAUGACAAGCAGCUUGAGCUAAUAGCUCAAGAGCAACUUAAUUUAGUCACUCAGCUGCCCAUUUUCUGUGAAGAGCUUUCCAUUAAGUGCACAUCAGCUUGAUAAAGACGUAACCUCAAGAUUUUAAUUAAUGACGAAACAGAAAGUAAGUAAAGUUGAAUAACAAUGAGGUAUUUGCAUAGGAUCAUUAAACUGAACUUCCAAGCUAUUUGUUUUCUAAUUUGAGUAGAAGUCACUAAGGUCAACAACUAGCCCUGAUAGUCAACAUAAUGUACACCCACUCAUUAUUGCCUAAUUAUAUGUGUUUGACAUCAAACAACAUUAAUCAGUGGAGUGUUCGGGAGGGAUUUGUUUUGCUAUCAAGGUUUGUUGACUUGAAAUGGAAUUGAGUGAAACUUGAUUGAGUUCCUGACUUCCCCAGCUCUACCCCACCUCUCCCCUCCUUCCAACCCCCCCCUGUCCAUGGGUUGAUGCUCUGCAUUGAUCAGUCUUUGUCACCCCAUAGGGCUCAGAGCUACACUGGGCAAUUGGUGAGAACAGCAUAUGUUGUAUGGAAUAACUCAACUGCUAUUGUUAAAUGGCUGUGUUCAAUGUGAUCUAUCUGGAAAAUGA